CAUUCAAUAUUUUAGUUUAAAAGUAAUAAUUUUUCACAAUUAUAUUUUUUCUUUUUCCCUAUUUACUUAUAUCUUCAUUAAUUCACGUCUUGUUCGUUCAAUUAUGCUCAGCUACGCCGCUGCCGGCCGCUUGCGCAUCAUAGCAGCCGAUUCUACACGUCUCGGUCUGAACCACAUUUCAAAAGCCGCCUAUCACCAUCACUCUCACCAUGGCAAGCCCUUGCACGGCGGCAACAGCAAGUGGGUCAUGCGCCUGAUGAACUACCUGCGCACAGGCUUCAGCGCGUUUGCCAGCGGUGGCCGUGUUGCGCCUAUCAAAGCAACCACCGCUGCAGGCCGCCUCUUUGCAAAAACUUCUGCCGCCCGUCUCGGCGCGCGGCCUCAUCUGCGCACGUUGUACCAGCGUCUCUUGUAUCAAACUCGCCUGACUCCCCGCGAUACAUCUCGCAUAGCCAGUCGCGCCAUCGGGUUUGGCCGCUGGGCCUUUGGUAGCGGCGGCAAGUGGUCGCCCUAUUUGCGGACAGUUUCGCAGGCCAUGCGCAGCCUGUCAGGUCCAAAUAACAUUGCAUCGGCACGCGUGGUUAUGGCCCAGCUCCAGCGCCAGGCCCUGGUUGUCGGCAGUCUUUCCCAGCAGCGCCGCGACUAUGCUGCCGUAUCACCGCUUGCGUAUGGAACUCGGAUCAGUAUGCCCUUUUCGAAGACCCAACCCACAGCAGCCGCCACUAGACUCGCGGCCAAGAACACAACUACAUCGGGGAUAUCUCCCGCAGCUUCUGGCGAAAAUGCGGAAAGCAACGCCAGCGUUGACUACCAGCAAGAGCAGAAGCUGCACCUGGUCGCCCAGGCCGCCCAAGAGGCAGCCAUCCCGAUUGAGCAGUGCGUGACAAUCACUAUACCAUACUCGAUCAUGGCGUCGAGCCAACCGCCGUAUUCGGUUCACCAGCAGCCCUCUGAAUUGGCUCCCCUGGCCAACGUCGCUCAGCUCAUUGCUGAUGUCCAGCGCAUCCAGCAGCGCCACACGCUCUUACUGUCUCGUUUGACCGAGCGCCUGGCCGGGACUGGGUGGAACGUUCAGUACCAUCAUGUGGCCACACCGACGGAGAGCCUGCGGAUCGCCCUGCCCCCAUUGUCUGGAAUCAACACUGCUGCUGCCCUCGAGGCUCUAUUGUGCGACUGGGGCUUUGACACGUCGCUUUUUGCCGCCACUAUCCGAGACCCGCUCGUGCCGCUGCCCGCUGCCACCGCUGCCGUCACUGCGCCAAAUGCUGCCUGCAAUGCCAAAAGCAGCAGCAGCAGCACCAUGAAAGCUCACAUUGACUCGCGCUUGUUUUCUCUCAUUGUUGACCAAGUGGUCGAUCCCGAGGAGGCGUACCGCGAGGACGUGCGCGACUUUUUGACUCAAAUCGAGCAGAUGCCCCGCCUGUCGCACAGACGGCUGUAUGGCGGGUGCUGAUAUGCCUGCUGCGCAGCAGCAGCAAUUACCCCGACUCUGGUCCCAACACACAGUGUGUGCUCCCUUUACAUGUAGAACGACAUGCUGUACAUAUAUAUCCAUUUUUAAAUUCGAUUACAAAAUAAAAAGUUGCUC